UAUCAACCAACCAUGCCUCUCCCAUGAUGAAACUUUACCAUCAGAAGCUUAGCUAGAUGCCCUUGGAAAAUUCGGAUUUCAGCUCAACCACCCAGUUCAUGAAAAGGAAACAUGUACACACACAGAAUUCAUUCCAUCAAUUAUUUAAAAAGGAGAUUAAUUGGAAGAGGCGAAUUGAGAAAGGGGAACUAAUGUCCUUUUGUGAUUGCAGAAAUAUUAUAGGCCAAAAUAUUCUAUUCUAAGUCUAUCAAAAUAAGUAGUUUUCUCUAUAUGCGAACGUUUUCCUUCUUUGUUGGUGGAUGGAAUUAAGGGUGAGCAAACACACCAGCAAAUCGCCUCAUCAGUCCAAUCCGAUCCGAUCCACUCAUAUUUAUCGCUAAAAUGAAGGUUUUGGAAUGGGUGAGGCAGGGUUUUCUUUUGUACAACCAGCUUCUUUUGAGUUGGGUUGGGGGAUUUUGGAUUACACAACCCGUAGAACCCGACCCAAACCGUGUUCCAACUAUUAGUAUGAGCUCUUAUCUAAAAAAAAAAUAUUUAUGUCGUAUACAACCGUACUUAUGAGCAAAUUAAGAUAUUCCACCAUGUUUUUCUCUCAUGGUCUCCCUAAUAUAAUGCGUUCUUCGACUUAAAGUUUAGAAAUAUAUUGAAUAUAGCUAUGAUUCACGUAAUCCUUUUCUCUUGUUUACAAUUUUAAUAGAAUAACAUAUUAUGGAUUCGUUCGUUUAUAACUUUUUUAGUCUAUUUCAACAAAUAUCGUGGUGAAGUAAAUUGCAAUUUUUUUUAAAAAAUGCCAAACAAUAUUUGUGAAUUUUGAUACCUUUCACCUCGGUUUAUUCGUUUAAAAUUCUAAUUAGUUAUAAAAUAUUUUUUAUGCUGUAGAAUAAUUAUAUAUUUUGUGUUGGGUUGGGUUCUUACUUAAAAAUAUCGCUAACCCGACCCAACCCAAUUAGAAACAACCGUAUGAUUUAAAUUUUUUUAGGUGAAUUUAGGUUUAAUAUUUCCCAAACUGUAGUACAUGGAUCGAGUGAUUAAAAUGGCUAAACCCGAACCACCCAACCCUUAUACACAAUAUUGCGGGGUUGAGUCUUCUCAAUUCUCUAUAUGAUUAUGGGCCUGUAACACACUUACCAGGCCAGAGACCAAGAAGCCCACCCGCAAAGCCCAUGAAAUUCUUAGUCCUAUUUAAAACCAGCGCCAAUCCUCUUUUUCUCCACCCAAUUCCCCUCUUUUUCUUUCCUUUCAUCGCAAAUCUGGUUUCCGAUUGCCGGAGAAAUGAGCUACCAGAAGUUCCCCAGCGAUCCGUAUCCUCCUCCUGCUCCUCACGGGGACGCGCCACCGUACCCGCCGCCGCAAGUCUAUCCACCACCGCAGUACGAGACCGAAGGCUACCCGCCUCCGCCGCCACGACCCGGAUACCCUCCUCAGUACCCGCCACCGCGUCCACCUCAGCAUCAGCACCGGUACGAUGGCUACCAAGGGUAUUUCUCCGCGCCGGGGUAUCCCGCGCAGCCGCCGCCGCCCCGUCAUCCGCCCAAUCAAUACCAGAACUACCAGAGCUAUGACCACCACCACCACCACUAUAAUAACGACGAUUCCGAAGCUUCGUUCCUCCGCGGCUGUUUGGCUGCUGUCUGUUGCUGUUGGGUGAUGGAGGAGUGCUGCUUCUGAAAACAUUACUGCGCCAUAUUGUAGUUCUCGGUCCGGCAACUACUCCUGACAGGUUGUUAUAAGGUUUAUGUCUGUCAAGUCGCCACCGAUUUAGUAUAUGCUUCUAUAGCACUUAUCUGUAGUUGCCCUGUUCAAAUGUAAAGUUGGCUCCUCACCACUGGAGAGACUUGGCUGUUUCAUUCGUUGUGGUUAAUAGAGAUUAUGGUGCUUGUGAUGGGUACAUUUACGGGAGUAAGCUUUCUCCUGAAGAAUCACCAAACUGGACUUCUCUGCUCAGAAUAUGAAUUUACUUCCAUGAUUAUGCACUUGAAUUCCCUUUUGGGUAAUUCAUCCACUUAGCUAUGAAAUGGAUUAUUUUCUUUCUUUCUUUCUUUCUUGUCUUUUCUCUUCUUCUUCUUCGCCCUUUAUUUUAUGUCUGAAGAAUAAUGGCUUUCUGUUAGGGUUUCUGUUAGUUACAUGCAUGCACUGAUGUUUUAUUACUGGCUAGAUGUAGUGGGUUUUUUAUUAGCAGAAUUUGGAUUCUCUGGGUAUGCUUUAUCUUGAUAGAAAGAAAAAUGUGUGUUGGUUCUUCUUUCAGCCAUUUGGGUUCUUCAAAGUAUUUCUUUUAUGUGGUCUUGAUUCUCCUGCAAUUCAAAGGGGAACCUUUGAGCUGUGUAUAGCUAGCUCAAAUCCUAGAGAUGUUUAUAGAGAGUAUGGGAAUGAGUCGUGGUAGGUAUCGUUAAUUUUCAUAAAUUGUUUGCUCUCAAUAACUCAAUUUGUUCGGAGAGCGUAAAGUUAUGUACCUCAUCUCUUCUUUUGCAUUUGCAUGGUCUUCUGAGUGCAUUGUUGUUUGACUUGUUAUUAUCAUAAUAAAUUCAUAAUAAUUUG